AUUGUACCAGACACGAUAAAAAGGUGAGGUUGAUAAGAAUCAUUCUUUGCUUGAGCUUGGAGGACUGUUAUUGCUCUUUAAUACUCUUGUGGGUGUCUGUGAAGUAGCUGUUUGUGCUUAUGUCCUUAGAGCUUAUAUAUUACGGGCUCUUAAUUACUGUGCAACAGUUGUUCCCAAUGUGUGGGCAUCAUCAAGGUGCUCGUAUUGUUGAGGAGUAAAUUGCUUGAUUGCAAGCUUUUCUGCACAUGGAUGUAUCACUGAUUACCGGGUCUGAGCACAGAUCACUCAUGGCAAUGAUACAGUUGUUAUCAAUAUUUUGUAUUAUUUGUAUGCCCAUUGAAGUCAUGGGUAAGACUGGAAAUGUUAGUGCUUCUUCAACUAGACCGAGUGUUGUGAAUGUAGGAGCUCUGUUUACUGUUAAUUCUGUAAUUGGGGGUGCAGCUAAGCCAGCACUUGCAGCCGCAGUUGAUGAUGUAAAUUCAGAUUCCAGUAUUCUUCCAGGGACAAAACUGAAUCUUACUAUACUUGACACUAAUUGCAGUGGAUUUAUUGGAACCAUGGAAGCUUUGCAGCUAGUGGAAAAUGAUGUGGUUGCUGCAAUUGGCCCUCAGUCUUCUGGAAUAGCUCACGUCAUCUCUCAUGUUGUUAAAGAACUUCAUGUACCGCUUUUAUCAUUUGGAGCAACAGACCCUACACUUUCUGCACUGCAGUACCCUUAUUUCGUCCGCACUACACAGAGUGACUAUUUUCAGAUGUUCGCAAUUGCUGAUCUGGUUUCAUAUUUUGGAUGGAGGGAGGUAAUUGCUAUCUUUGUAGAUGAUGAUUAUGGGAGAAAUGGCAUAUCUAUAUUGGGUGAUGCGCUGGCAAAGAAGCGUUGUAAGAUCUCUUAUAAGGCUGCCUUCACCCCUGGAGCAUCCAGUAGUGUAAUCAAUGACUUGUUAGUUGGCGUAAACCUGAUGGAAUCCCGGGUUUAUGUUGUACACGUAAAUCCUGACUCUGGUUUGAAAAUUUUUUCUGUCGCUCAGAGUCUUGGGAUGGUGAGCAAGGGCUAUGUUUGGAUUGCUACAGAUUGGCUUCCUUCUCUAUUAGAUUCAAUAGAACCAGCUGAUAUUGACACAAUGAAUCUCUUACAAGGGGUUGUCGCUCUUCGCCAUUACACACCAGAUACUGAUCAGAAGAAAAGGUUUAUGUCUAGGUGGAACAACCUAAAAUAUAAGAAUAACACGGGACCUGCUGGGUUCAACUCUUAUGCUCUCUUUGCUUAUGAUUCAGUAUGGUUAGCUGCCCGAGCUCUUGAUGCUUUUUUAAAUGAAGGUGGAAGUGUAUCUUUCUCUGACGACCCAAAGUUGCAUGACAGAAAUGGAAGCUCAUUGCACUUGUCAUCACUCCGUGUUUUCAAUGGAGGUCAACAGUAUCUCCAGACACUUCUUAGGAUGAACUUCACAGGGCUCAGUGGUCAAAUUCAAUUUGAUCAAGAUAAGAAUUUAAUUCAUCCUGCAUAUGAUGUUCUUAACAUUGGCGGGACAGGAUCCCGCAGGAUUGGUUAUUGGUCAAAUUACUCUGGGCUUUCAAUUGUUGCUCCAGAGACCUUAUAUGGGAAGCCUUCUAAUACUUCUACCAGCAACCAACGUCUUUAUACCACAAUAUGGCCAGGUGAAAAUCCAGAGACUCCUCGAGGAUGGGUAUUUCCCAACAACGGGAAGCCACUGCGUAUAGCAGUACCCAAUCGAGUCAGUUAUAAAGAAUUUGUGGCUAUGGACAAAAACCCUCCAGGGGUUAGAGGAUAUUGUAUUGAUGUGUUUGAAGCUGCCAUAAACUUGCUUCCAUAUCCUGUCCCGCGCACAUAUGUGUUAUAUGGAGAUGGAAAGAGAAGCCCGGUCUACAAUGAACUUGUCAAUGCAGUUGCUCAAAAUAAAUAUGAUGCAGCUGUGGGAGAUGUUACAAUAGUUACAAAUAGAACUAAAAUUGUGGAUUUUACACAGCCUUACAUGGAAUCAGGACUAGUUGUAGUUGCUCCAGUCAAGGAAAAAAAGUCUAGCCCUUGGGCUUUCCUCAAGCCAUUUACUGUACAAAUGUGGUGUGUCACUGGUGCCUUCUUUCUUUUUGUGGGUGCUGUUGUCUGGAUUCUUGAGCAUCGAAUUAAUCAUGAAUUUCGUGGUCCGCCAAGGCAACAGCUUAUAACAGUAUUCUGGUUUAGUUUCUCAACAAUGUUCUUCUCCCAUAGAGAGAACACUGCAAGCACCUUGGGACGUCUGGUGCUGAUCAUAUGGCUAUUUGUUGUGUUGAUUAUCAAUUCAAGCUAUACAGCUAGUUUGACAUCAAUCCUCACAGUUCAGCAGUUAACAUCACGGAUUGAAGGGAUUGACAGCUUGAUCUCAAGUACAGAACCAAUUGGAGUUCAAGAUGGGUCAUUUGCAUGGAACUACUUGGUUGAUGAACUCAACAUAGCAGAAUCAAGGCUUAGAAAAUUGAAAAACCAAGAUGAAUAUGUUUCUGCGCUUAAACUUGGACCAAAAGCUGGUGGGGUGGCUGCCAUUGUUGAUGAGCUUCCUUACAUUGAGCUCUUCUUGUCCAACACCAACUGUGCAUUCAGGACAGUAGGGCAGGAGUUCACAAAAAGCGGGUGGGGAUUUGCAUUUCAGAGGGACUCCCCUCUUGCAGUUGACUUGUCCACUGCCAUCCUCCAACUCUCUGAAAAUGGUGAUCUCCAAAAAAUCCAUAACAAAUGGCUGACACGUACAGAGUGCUCUAUGCAAAUCAACGAAGUUGAUGAUAGCCGACUCUCAUUGAGCAGCUUCUGGGGUCUGUUCCUGAUAUGUGGCCUUGCUUGCUUCAUUGCUCUGACCAUAUUCUUCUGUAGGGUACUCUGUCAGUACCGUAAAUUUGCUAUGGGAGGUGGUGAAGAGGCAGAGGUGGAAGUGGAGGAGAUUCAGCCGGCAAGACCUAGACGCCCACUGCGCUCAACUAGCUUUAAAGAUUUGAUUGAUUUUGUAGAUAGGAAAGAAACAGAGAUUAAGGAGAUGCUUAGACGAAAGAGUAGCGGUAGCAAGAGACAACCUAGCCCCAGCACAGAUGGACAGGCAAGUUCACCUGCCUAGAGGAAAAAAGAUUUCCAUUGGUGAAGUUUCUAUGUGCUUCUUGCUUCAGAAAGUAUGAAAUCCAACACCAUUGACAUCUGCUGAUGCUGUCAUUUUGAUUAAUACAGACAAAUUAGGCAGCUAGAAUUAAAGAUAUUAAACUGGAAAAAGCUUUGUUGGUUGUAGUGCAUUGUUUUGUAUACCUCUAUAAAUGUAAAAUGUCCCCUUUUUCUCAGCAAAUGAAUACAACUUUUCUAGAGGAUAGGAUUCCUUCA